AUGUUUAGCCUGAUGGCGAAUUGCUGCAACUGGCUGAAACGCUGGCGACAGCCGGCCAGAAAAGUAACUUUGGUAAUGGUUGGACUGGAUAACGCAGGAAAGACUGCCACAGUACGAGGAAUCCAAGGAGACAAUCCCCAGGAUGUUGCCCCAACUGUGGGUUUUUCAAAGGUUGACUUGAAUCAGGGAAAAUUUGAGGUCACAAUCUUUGAUCUGGGUGGUGGGAAGAGGAUCCGCGGUAUUUGGAAAAAUUACUACUCAGAGUCACACGGUGUGGUAUUUGUGGUAGACUCCAGCGAUGUGCAGCGGAUUCAAGAGACACGGGAGACAAUGGCAGAGGUUCUGCAGCACCCACGCAUCGCUGGGAAACCAGUGCUUGUACUCGCCAACAAACAGGAUCAGGAAGGAGCACUGGCUGAAGCAGACAUCAUUGAGAACCUGUCAUUAGAGAAGCUUGUUAAUGAGAACAAGUGUCUCUGUCAGAUUGAGCCGUGCUCUGCGGUCCUGGGUUACGGCAAAAAGGUUGACAAAUCCAUCAAAAGGGGUUUGAGCUGGCUGCUCAACAAUAUUGCCAAAGAUUAUGAGGCCAUUACUGAGCGCGUGCAGAAAGACACAGCAGAGCAACGUGCUCAAGAAGAGCAGGAUAAGAAAGAAAGGGCAGAAAGAGUCCGGCGAAUAAGAGAAGAGAGAGAACGGCAAGAGCGGGAGGAGGCAGAACGUGAGGGCAAGCAGCACUGCGAAGAGGAACCUGAUGAAGAAAACAUGGCCAACCCCUUCCAGCCGAUAGAAAAUGUCAUCAAUGAGAGUGGGGAUCACGAAAAUGUUGGAAAGCAACAUGAGCUGCAGGAGUACACAAUCAACAGUCUAAAGGCAGACAGCGAGUAUGAGGAGAAUUAUCAAGAGACAGAUGAGGCCAGACAAACACCGGACAACUCAAGUAAGUGCAUGGCCACUCAGCAAAGCAAGAAAAAGGUGAGAAAAUUGUACCUGAAGAGGAAACACCGUGUCGACCCACUAAAUACUGAGGAAGGGCAAGGAGAGAGACCAACCCCUCCACCCCUUCCAGUUGGAUGGGCCUCACCAAAAGUUUCUAGGCUGCCUAAACUAGAGCCUCUUUGGGACUCAAAGCCCUCUGAGUUUCACAGGAAGCCACUCCCACCUGUUGCAAACAAGCCACAACCUAACAGUGAUACCCAUGAUGUGGUUUUUUAA